UGCCACAGCAAUUGCAACUGACUUACGAGAAUAUUUUGGGCAUUUGGUCAGCGGCCCGGUAGCUACUCAGGUGUAUUAUUAUGAUAGAGCUUUCUGCUCAUUAUCGCAGUGUUAGAUUCUUUUUUCAUUCGUGGUUUUUAUGUUGCGAUCAUAAAACAGCGCCGGGCAAUCAAGUGGAAAGCCAAAGCAAAUAAAACAAUUAGCAUGCCCCAAAAUAUAUAUGAAGAGUAGAUAAACAAUGAAAAUUUCACUAGGCGAGUAGAAAAAAACAAGAGCUUAUAACGCCGCAGACAAGAGAUUAAUGUACUUUAGUACACCCGAAACCUUGACAGUGAACAGAAGUCAUCAUUGGGCAACAUCAAGGAGCAUCGAGUAGGCGUCAAAUGGCUAUGAAAAUGUCCAAUUAUGUGCAAAUUGUGGGCGCAAUUGUGCUCGCACUAGCCUGGCUGCUGGUUGGGAUCUUGGCGGAUUGUAAUGUUUGCCAAACGAAUCAGGUGGCCUGUAUUAAUUCCACAUCCUUCUACUUGUGUUUUGGAGAUGGCACGCCGCAUACGGAUCAUAUUUACUCGUGCCUGGACGGCACCGUCUGCACCGACAGGGCGGCCAUCUGCCUGCAGAAAAGCGCCCAGCGGCCGCCCAGCUGCGGCGACACCAGCAAAUGUGGACAAUGUAGCGCACAGCGCAACUAUAAAUUCGCCUGUCAGAGUCGGCGUCUGUUCCAAAUGUGCUACGGGGCCACACAGCCGACGGGCGCGCUGGGCACCUGCCCGGCGGGCUAUGUUUGCGAUGCCAACACCGAUGUGGUCUGUGUGGCCGAGCGGGCGGGUCAAAACUACACCUGUGACCUAAACGACGAUCUGGUGAGCACCGAGGGCACCACAGUGGCAACCACAGUGGCAACCACAGUGGCAACCACAGUGGCAACCACAGUGGCAACCACAGUGGCAACCACAGUAGCAACCACAGCCACGCCCACAACGCCCAGCUCCCUGACGGCGCAACAGGUAUGCGAGCUGAGGGCCAAGACGGGACUCUACGAAACUGUGCCGCGCGAUCCCAACUGCAAACGCUAUAUUAGCUGCUACUUUGCCUCGACUGGCAAGAUAAUCGCCGUGGAAUACGAUUGCACGGCGAGCUCCUAUUUCGAGGCGGAAAAUGAACGCUGUUCCUACCUGUUGCCCGCUAAUUGCACAGCUUGAUUGAUAUUUGAUAUAAUAUGAACUUUAAUAAUAAUA